AGACCUCCUGGGCUGUGCUCAGCAACCCAGAGGGGGCUCCCCAGGGGGUGUUGGCCAGACCCAAGCAGGAGCAGCGGCCGCACAUGGGGGUCUUGUGUGGGGUCCUGCCCAGCUUCCCCUUGAUCUUCCUCCCUUGGUCCUGGCCGGACGCAGCGCCAUUCCAUGGAAUGCCCGCCCUCCUCCAGGCAUUGUUUGAAUUCCACCCCAACGGCUGCUGCCCACGCAGAGUGGCACUGCCAUGGGGCUCAGCGAGAGUAGAGGUUUGGGGCCUGGCGAAGCCCCCUCUGAAAGACAGGUGGACGAGGAGGAUGAGGCGGUGGCCGCAGACCCCCUUUUGCACAUGGAGGCCAGGAAGGGCCACUGUGACACAGCCCGCCAGCUCCUUGCCCAGGACCCAGAGGCCCUCAACAGCCAGGAUGCCAGUGGCCGGACGCCCCUUUUCUGGGCCACGGAGUACAGACACGAGAGGCUGGUGGAGCUCCUGCUGGCCCACGGAGCAGACCCAGCUGUGCCGGAUCACGAAGGGAACCUCUGUCUGCACUGGGCGGUGUAUGUUGGCAGCCCCUCCAUUGCCAGAAUGCUGCUGGAUGCCGGCUCUGAUGUGGAUGCGCUGAAUGGCCAAGGCGACUCUCCCCUGCACCUGGCGGCCCAGGAGAGGCGCUACGAAUGUCUCGUCUUGCUUCUCGCCCACGGCGCCAAAGUCUCCCUGAAGAACAGAGCCGGCCAAGUGGCUUUGCAGUGCUGCAAGCCCAGCUCCCCUUUCUGGCGGGCCCUGGAGGCCGCCUCUGCACGGCCCCCCCAGCCGACGGAGAGGCUCCUCUGCAGAGACAUCUCCCGGGGCUUUGAGCAAGUCCCCAUCCCUUGCGUCAACGGGGUGGACGAGGAGCCGGCCCCCGGAGCCUUCCUCUACGUCACGCAGAACUUUGUGUCGGACUCUGCGGUGCUUCCAGCGACGGGCUGGGGCAGAAGUCAGCACUGCGAGUGCGCCAGUUCCUGCUCUGCGCCCACCUGCCCGUGUGUCGAGCGCAGCCUGCGCUCCUGGUACACUCCGGUGAGAGCCGCUCCCGCCCUUCCUGGGGUCAGACGGGGAGGUCAGCCGGAGCCACUAAGGGCCAGCCGGCCGUUUCUCUCCUCUUGUGGUCCAGGAUGGCCGGCUGGCGCCAGACGCGGCCAGCAGCACAGCCGAGGCGGGCCCCAUCUACGAGUGCCACAUGCUUUGCUCCUGCGCCAGCUCCUGCCCCAACCGGGUGGCGCAGAGGGGCCUCAGGACGCAGCUGCAGCUGUACCGGGUGCCAGGCAAGGGCUGGGCAGUGCGCACGAUGCAGGAGGUGCCCCGAGGAGCCUUCCUUUGCCAGUACUUUGGGGAGCUGAUUUCCAGCGCCGAGGCCGCCCAGCGAGAGGACGCCGCCUAUUCCUUUGUGGUGGACAUGCAGGCGGGCCCCGAGUGCUGCCUGGACGGGCGCUUCUACGGCAGCGUGGGCCGCUUCCUGAACCAUUCGUGCCAGCCCAACCUGGUGGCUCUGCCGGUGGUCGUGGGGCACGAGAUCCCCGGCAUCGCCUUCUUCAGCGCCCGGGCCAUCCAGGCGGGCGAAGAGCUGGCGUUCGACUACGGCGAGCGCUUCUGGGAGGCGAAGGGCUGCCGCUGGGCUUGCUUGUGCAAGUCGCCCGGCUGCAGAUACCGGCCGUCGAGGGAAGGGCCAACGGCAGACGCCGCCGCCGCCGCCGCAGGAGACCCCGGCCUGGGCACCUCCACGUCCUACCCGCUACGCGGCUUCUCGCGCAAAUCCGCGCGGAGCAGCCCGCUGAAGACGGCCCCGCGCCGCUCUGCGCGGCCCCGACGGCGCCCCCUGCGCUAGCCGCGCGGACCCCAGCCCCUGUCUUUAUCCCUCCCAAUAAAGAGCCGAAGCCAGCCGCCUCAUCCGGGCCUGAUUGCUGCGUCGGGGGCCGGGUUCCGCAGGGAGAAGUGGGCGAGGGAGCGGAGGCUCCUUCGAACGGAAGACUCUUGGAACGAGCUUUCUGCAAAAGUGGCCCCGAAGUGCAAAUGAGGAGCCGGGAAGGAUGGCGGCGACAACCCAAGGCGGGACCCCCUCUGCUCUUGUCCGCACCGUCUGGUCCACUCAGCGGUCCGGCCGAGGGAGCCCCCGCCCGGGCCAAGAGGAGGGAAGGGACUCGCCCGCCGAGCUGCUGCUUCUCGCCCCGCACCAGCCCCGCGCAAAACUGAAGGAGCCGGACCGGGCGCUUCCCCGGGUUGGCCGCGACCCGCUGCCGCGCUCUGCACGCGCGCAGAGGCACCGGGCGCCAGGUGGAAGGCUGGCGGUGCAGGCCA